AUGCAUGCAUAUGAGGUAUUGUCAGAUAAUGAAAAACGAUCCUCGUAUGACAGGCAUGGAGAGGCUGGACUUAAAGCUGCUGCUAGGGGGAUUUUAGCAGUCCUUUUGAUUUGUUUGAGUCAUUAUUCGAGGGCAUGGGUGGUAUGGGCGGAUAAAGCUAAGGCUUGGUUGAUUUCUCUGCCAUCAGGAAGUAUUACUACAUGGAAUGAGUUAGUUCAAGCAUUCCUUAUGAAAUAUUUCCCACAUGUCAAGUCUGCUAAGAUGAGGAGUGACAUCACAAAUUUUUUCCAGCAAGAUAUGGAGUCAAUCCAUGAAGCUUGGGAGAGGUAUAAGGAUCUCUUAUGGAGGUGUCCUCACCAUGGGCUGCUAAUAUGGUCGCAGGUGCAGACGUUUUACAAUGGGUUGUUGCCAAAUAUACAAGUGAUGAUUGAUGCUGCAAAUGGGGGAGCUUUGAAUAACAAAACACUAGAGGAGGCUUAUAUUCUGAUUGAAGUAAUGGCGAGCAAUAACUAUAUGAGGCCUUCAAUGAGAAAUUCAACAAAGAAAGCAGCGGGAGUGCAUGAAGUUGAUGGAAAUCGUUUAUCGAAGGAUUGUCAAGAAGGAAAUUCAUUUGCUCAACCGGAACGAGCUAACUAUGUCAACAACUUUCAACGAGGGCAAGAGAAUUCGUAUUCUAGCACAUACACUCCAGCAUGGCACAAUCAUCCAAAUUUUUUGUGGAGUAACAAUAAUGAGCACAAGCCACCACCGGGUUUUCAACCUCAAAAGAAGAGAUCUAAUAGGGAGAGUAUGUUCACUAAGUUCAUAGAGGAGUCGGGAAAAAGAUUUGACAAGAAUGAAUCUCAACUCCAAAAGUAUGAAGUUUUGUUGCAAAAUCAAUCUGCUUCCAUAAGAAAUCUUGAAACUCAAAUGGGGCAAAUCCAUAAUAUUUUAGAAGGAAGAGUUCAAGGAACAUUUUCGAGUGAUACCGAGAAGAAUCCGAAGGAGAGAGUCAAUGCUAUCAUACUAAGAAGUGACAUGUUGGAGCAAAUGCCAAAGUACGCGAAGUUUCUGAAGGAGAUUAUCACCAAAAAGAGAAGGUUUGAAGAACAUGAGACGGUGAUGCUUAAGGAAGAGUGUAGCGCAUUGCUAUUGAAGAAAUUACCACAAAAGCUCAGAGAUCUAGGGAGUUUCACAAUUCCUUGCACAAUAGGAAGAAAAACUAUUAAGGGUGCUACGGACAUACAAGGCAGCUAUCAGAUGGACAAUUGCAGACAUCAAAGGUAUAAGCCUCUCAAUUUGCAUGCACAAGAUUUUAAUGGAAGAAAGUUAUAA